CCAGCUUAGGUGAAGCGUGGCGAAAAAAGGCUAGUACUUCUUUGUAGUUAUCGAUAACAGGGUCUAGUAUCCAGUAGGUGGGCUUAUUUUCCAAGUGACUCAGAAAGGUCCUGUUCACGACGCCAUAAGGCCUUCAAGUCCACAGCAAACAGAUUGGGCAACCAAACCUUGCUCUAUAACAUUCAUCUCCGUCAAAAUGUCUACCUUUGGGCAAUUCCUGCGGGUGACGACAUACGGUGAGAGCCAUUGUCCCAGCGUCGGAUGUAUUGUCGACAAUUUUCCGCCUGGAGUGCCGGUCUCGGAAGAGAUACUCCAACCUCAGAUAUCUCGCCGCCGUCCUGGCCAAAGCUCUAUUACAACACCUCGAAAUGAGGCCGACCUUGUGUCAAUCCAGUCAGGGGUGGAAGGGGGUGUCACCCUAGGUACCCCGAUAGCCAUGGUCGUCAAGAACCAGGACUUCCGCCCCUCGGACUACAAGGGCAGUACCAUGAAGCAGUACCCUCGCCCCAGCCAUGCCGACUUCACUUAUCUUGAGAAGUACGGCGUUCGUGCAUCGUCAGGUGGGGGUCGUUCCAGUGCGCGAGAAACAAUCGGCCGUGUAGCCGCCGGCGCUCUUUGCGAGCACUACCUCAAACUCGCCCAUGGGAUUGAGAUUGUCGCCUGGGUCUCAUCGGUCGGGAAUAUCCAUCACAUCCCACCAACGCCUGAGUACCCUUGCCAUUCCCACAACCCCAAGUUCCUCCAACUACUCCAAGAGGUGACACGGGAAACCGUUGACAAGACGGUAGUCCGGUGUCCCGACCCGGAAGUCGCUGCCAAAAUGGAGCAAUGCAUUUCCGACUUCCGCGACCGCCAGGACAGCAUCGGCGGCACAGUGACGUGCGUCAUCCGAAACGUCCCAACUGGACUUGGCGAGCCGGUGUUCUCGAAGCUGGAGGCGACGCUCGCCCACGGAAUGCUCAGCAUUCCAGCGACAAAGGGCUUUGAAAUCGGCUCUGGGUUCGAAGGGACGGAAAUCCCCGGGUCCACCCACAAUGACAUGUUUAUCCGCAACCCCGUUACCGAUUCGGAUCCCAAGAACGGAUUUGCGAAGCCAAAGCUCACAACCUCGACGAACAACAGCGGAGGUAUCCAGGGAGGAAUCACCAACGGCGCGCCCAUCUUUUUCCGCGUCGCCUUCAAGUCGCCUGCCACGAUUGGACUGCCUCAAGAGACAGUCACAUUUGAAGGAGAAAGCGACGGCCUUCUAGAGGCCAAAGGGCGUCAUGACCCCUGCGUUGUCCCACGCGCGGUUCCAAUCGUGGAGUCCAUGGCUUCGAUUUGCAUUCUGGACGCUCUUUUGAUGCAAGGGGGGAGAAGGAUGGCCGGGCUCGCGCGGUGAAGGACAAAAAGUAUAUUCCUGUUAUAUUGAAAAAAAGUUAAAUAGGUGGUCUCGGCCCCAGCUAUAGACUAGAGAAUGAAACCAUGCCCUCAAUCAAUUGAAUAGGCUGGUAUGUGAUGCGCGCAAUGUCAACAAGGGCUGGUACCUCCACGGUAGCAUUAGCCAAAGCGGCGCCGCUUGCUGCCAGAUUUGACAGCCCAUGGUAUACAUAGCAAGUAAAGUGUACAAGGUUUUAGUAAGAAGCUUAGAGUCUGGCUGUUUCACCAAGGAGGCGUGUCUUGACACGAGGUUACGCGUGAGAUUGUUAAUCUUUUCCAUUCAGUUGAUUGAUCACGAGGCAUGUAUCCGGAAUAACAUUCUAUCGCGGCCCUCUUACACGGCUGGUGGCAUUACGAC